AUGCCCCUCGUGUUACUUGGGCUGCGUACUGCUCUCAAGACGGACCUUCAUUGUUGCCCGGCUGAGCUCGUUUAUGGCACUACCAUCCGCGUGCACGGGGAAUUCUUCACUGCAUCACCACAACCUGCUGCUACCGACUCGUACCUUGCCCAGCUCCGAACCACCUUUCAGAAUCUCUGGUACACCCCUUCACGACUGUCUUCGGCACGACCCCCGUUCAUCCUCAAGGACAUCUUCCUUACAACUCACGUCUUCAUCCGCAACGACGCCGUACACUCCUCGCUCCUCCCACCCUACCUCGGCCCUUACCAAGUACUCCGUCGUUCCGAGAAGUUUUUCACUCUGAACAUCGCCGGACGAGAAGACGUCGUCUCCAUCGACAGGCUUAAGCCUGCCUACAUUGACCAGCAUGACACCCUCAUCCACCAUCUCCCAUGGCCUACAACACCCAACACCGAGCCGACUCAACGGUCCCGCCAGGUCCACUGGGCUCUCCCGCUCACUUUGUGA